CUCGGUGCAUUAUUUCUAUAUUUUGUUGUUUGGUGAUAAAGCGUGUUAAUCAAAAGUAAUGAAAAAAUCCUGUCACGUCAUGCCUGGCCAAAUGUGCGGAGGAGCUUCGCAGGUCAAGCCUGCCACUCCUGAAAUUCAAAAGUUGUGCGAUCAGAUCAGAUCUGCUGCAGAAGAGAAAGCUGGGAAGAAUUUUGCACAUUUUCAAGCAGUUUCAUUUUGCGAUCAAGUUGUUAAUGGAACAAACCACUUUGUUAAGAUUGAUGUUGGUGGUGGUGAAUGUAUACAUGCACGUAUACAUCAGAAGCUUCCUUGUUACGGGGGAGAAGUAAGUCUCUCUGACAUCCAGACAUCAAAGACCCAUGAGGACAAAUUGGGUUACUUUUAACUGAAAGACUUGAACUUCCUGUCCAGCUGUCUGAAUAAUGAAGAAAAGGUGUCUGCAGCUGACAAAAUAAUCUACCACUGACAACAGACAGCACUGCAUUCCCUUUCAUUUCUCUAGAAAAUGCAAGCCAUCAACACAGCAUGCUGUCAGUGUAGCUUAAACAUGCUUUUCCCUAACAAUAAACAGUACAGAAAAUAUAUAUUUUAUAAUGUAUAUAUUUUUGCAUUUGUUUAAGCUCAUUGCAUUCUAAACUAAGGUCUGAAUAGACUUUUGAAAUAAAAAUGCAUUUUGGUA